GCAGGCUCUUCAGCCAUGAGUGCAGGUGGUACUAUUUCAAGUCCACGGUGAUGUGGCAAGCAUGUCAUGCCUCGUGAUGAUGAGACAAGUAUAGAAGCCAGGAAGGCAACCCACUGCUCAGGGUCAAGUACAGUCCCGUGAUCAGCACAGUGAUGAAAUGCUUUGUUUGAGAUGUAAUAUGCUGAGCAGAGAAGAGCAGCUGGAAAAAGGCUGGAGAGAACGAGCUACAUUCAGAUACUUGGGGAGUCCACUGGGGUGAAGCACUUCAGCAGAACAGCCUGAAAAGGAUUCCACUACAUAACCCACGUCAUUUCUCUGGAAAAAGAAACAGCUCUGGCUUCUGCAUCUGUUAGUCUGGCACCUCCAGCAAGAACCCUGGUCUGUUUUUGGUUUUUAAAACAGACUUGCUUUAUUGAAGAGAAUGAAAAGCCACCUCACAUUUCCUUCAUAACCUUAUUUAGAAUAUUUGAGAGACUCUUGCCAUCAGGCAAGUAAGUUAAUAAUUGACAAAGACACACAGCAGCCUGCAUGAAUGACUCCACACCAUAACACUGACAGCUGGCAUAACUUACUGAGCUCCUCACAGAUCCCUGCAGAGAGGAAUGGAAUCACUCCAAAGUCAGCAACCUAAUAAUCACAGUGACUUCAGCUGCCCUAUCUGUCUCCAAACAGUGACCCUCCCAGUAGAAACCAACUGUGGACAUCUAUUUUGUGGCUCUUGUCUAAUUACAUACUGGAAACAUAGUCCUUGGUUAGGAGCAAUCAUCUGCCCUCUCUGCAGACAAAAGGUGGUGGUUCUGGAUAAUGUCUCUUGUGAAAAGCUACAUGAUAAGCCAAGUAAACAGAUUGUUCAUGACAUCAGAGCAUACAACAAGCGUUUCUCAGGGCAACCUCGACCUUUUGCAGAUUACCUCUAUGACAUGCCAUUAUUCCUGACUCUUGCCUUGCGAGGAAUCUUCACCUGGGGUGGUCUCAUGUGCAUUUUCUUCCUAAGAGUUGUUGUUUGCUCCUUCGGAACAAUCAUAUGCUUAUCGUCUCCUUUUGACACGAUGCCUGGGCCUCUCUGUAGAACACUCGGAACAGCUGAUGACAUGGUGGUUGUUUCCCUUCUUUUCAUUUGUGUGAUAAACAUUUGUCAGCAAAUUGCAACAAACGGGGUAAAUAUGGCAAGGUCUGCAGCUCAGAGAAUGCUGUCAGAAUCCUGAGUGACUCAAACUUUGAUUUUGCAGUCAGACUCAAUCAAACAGUGACAGGCUUCUCCUCCAUUUGGGGCAGCAUGUGAUGGAUCUGUCAUUCUGCUGCAAAGACUGAAGCAGGACUCAAGUGAUAUUUGGCAUGGCCAAGUGACUCGAUGUGCAAUUGCUUAGAAGACUGUACCACUGUGUAUUGACUAGACUCCUUCAUGCUUCACAUGUCUCCAACUUAUCCUCAUACGAAGUGCCUGAAUUGAAAACGCCUAAGCCUAUCAACAGGACCUAAAGUUACAGUGCCAGUCAACUUGCAGUUGAGACUUUUAGAACUCUUAAGCUUUGACAUUUCAUGUUCUGGUUCAAUUUGAAUACAAUUUAAUUUGAAAAUUUAGCAAAUUUCAGCCCACAGCUGAUUAUAUAUCCAAUGGAAUACAGAUUUUUACAGCUCUACUGUGAGUCCAGCCCAAUUCUAAAAUUGGAUGAGAUGAACCUGGUAGUGAUACUGGCCUGGAGCAAAAAUCCAACUGUAAAAUGCAAGUAUUACAAGGGGAGAAUGGCACAAAAGGAUCACGCAAGAAGUGUGGGCAAAUCUCUGUGUAAGUCUUUUGUCUAAACCCAUGCAAAGCAUACAGCUUUAACAAAGUCAGUAUGAAUGGUUGUUUCCUUUGGGGACUCCAUACACUCCUUGUGUUUUCCUUGCAAGUCUCGGUACUACAGUGAGAGAUAAAGGCUGCAUUUCUGACGAGAAAGAAGUUGAUGGGAAAUGUGCUGAAGUUGCUGUGUGUGUUGAGUGUGACAAGUUAAAACUGCUGGUGGAGCGCCAGACAAUCCUGAGCAUCUGUCACCGUACAGUCUGUACAUUUGUUAUGUACUCGGAGUCAGUGAACUUCAUUUUUACAUAGGAGUUGUAUAUUAAAAUUGAUAUAUUAAAAUAUAUGAAUAUUUAUUGUUCACAAUA